UAUGUAGUGCAGUCUCGGCGUGUUCGCGAGCGAGUGCGAAAGAGAGAAAGAGUCGCGCGGCGCUGAGAUAUCCGAGCGAGUGCGAGCGAGAGUGCCGGAGUGUAUGGUAUAGUUGCAUGAGGGAGCAGCACAACACACAACGCACACACUUACGUACACGGAUAAUAUUAUAUAUCGCCGGAGUGCCUGAGUAUAUACGCCAGCGAGUCGGAGAGGCACAGCAGCAGCAGCAGCACAGCACGUGUGGUUACAGGCGCUCCGAUGUGUCGCGCUCUCACUCGUCGCCGCGAAUUCGCGCAGUUCUGACGACUCGCUCGCGUCAAUUGUAUCGUGCAUAGUACACCUUUUGCGAGGCUGCCUUCUUGCCUAUCGCAGUGCGAGCAUAGCAGCUGUGCGAUCUAGCAGCCGAAAAGUCAACAAACAAACGAAAAAGAGUAAUACCGUGCGCGCGCGUGUGUGUGCCGAGCAUAGAAACGAUCGCUGAUCGGGGCGCAGUCGGAUACGCGCCGCAGGACCUUCGCGAGUGCGUGUGUAUAACAUAUACAAUCUCGAGUCGCUCUCGAGAAAAAGAGAGCCAAAGAGAGACGAGUCUCGAGAGUGAGUGAGACAGGGAGAGCCCAGAGCCCAGAGCCCAGAGAGAAUCUGCGAAAGAGAGAGAAAGAUAGAUCCAAGAGAAUGGAGCACCAAAUUCGCGAGCAGCAGCUGCCGUGCGCCCGACUCUGUCACAUCAUCAAGUGGGAGGACUUUGACGGCUACGGCUUCAAUCUGCACGCGGAGAAGGGCCGCCAGGGCCAGUUCAUCGGCAAGGUCGACGAGGGCUCGCCCUCCGAGGCGGCGGGUCUGCGCAAGGGCGACCGCAUAAUCGAGGUCAACGACGUCAACAUCACCGGCGAGACGCACAAGCAGGUCGUCGAGCGCAUCAAGUCGCUGGCCGGCGAGACGCGGCUCCUCGUCGUCGACCAGCAGGCCGACGAGUACUUCAAGACCAACAACAUGCCGAUCAAGGGCUCGAUGCCCGGCAUCAGGAAGCUGCGCACGCCCGACAAGAGUCCGCAUCAGCUGCUGCAGGAGGAGCGGGACGCCGCCCUCGCAGCCGCCGCUGCCGCCGCCAACAACGCCGCCGCCGCGCCCAACAAGCAUCGCAACGGCCACCAGAACUCGAGCAUGAACAGCGACAGCCUGUCGAACGACUCGAGCGAUCACCAUCAUCAUCAGCAUCACAGUAUACACGACGAGUACGGCAACGGAACGUCCCGAAUGAUCCAGGACGAGGACGCGACGUCCGUCAAGUCGUCCGUGAGCGGCAACAGCAAGCACGAGCAGCAGAGCGCCACGACGACCAUGUCCUCGCCCUCGCAGCUGGACCUCUCCGUCACGGACUCGCCGAGCAGCGGUGCGGGCACGACGACGACGACGACGACGUCGACAACCCUGAACCUCGGCAUGAGCGCCAAAGAGCUCAGAGCUAAACUGGCUCAGCGCAAAAAGUACGAUCCCAAGAAGGAGUCGCUCAAUUUCAAGGAUAAAUUCGAUAUCGUGCAAAAACUUUGAGGCGGCAGCAACAUAAAAACUUAUCAUAAUGUACUCGCGCGCGCCAUAUUAUAUAGAUAUCAUUGUGUAAGAUCGAUCGAUUCGCGUUUUCUUUUGCCUGCGCCGUUUUCGGGCGGGAGAGGAAAACGCGAACGAUCACGUGUAUUACAUGGACGCGCGAGCGCAUUUUUUUCGAUCAUCGCUCAGUCUUUGCCGUCGUCGUCGUCGUCGUCAUCGUGAUUGCAUGCAGGAAGUGCGCGACUGGCGGCUAGCCUUUUCUAGUUGUUGUUGCUUAUUGUGUAAGUAGUGCGUAUAACGAUACAUCGCUCCGAGUAUCGAGAUGUACGGUGACUCGUUACUUUUUUUCCGUUUCUUCGGCUGCGAUCUUUAGCAGCUUGAAAAAAGAAAAGAAAAAGAAAUGUCCGAAAUAAAGAGCUAAUGAAUCGCUGUCGGCGAUCGAUCGAUCGAUUCCAGCACCGAAUCUCGGACUCCGUGGCGUGCUUAUUAAGCUCGCGAUUAUCGCCAUCGCCGCCACCGCCGCAAAUACAGCAGCGAUUAUUACUCGAUUAUAUGUACGCGCGCGGCUUAUCAGCCGAUUGGCCAUAUAACUGACGUACUUAUUAUACGUGGCUCGCUGGACUUACGCAACUCCGCUCGGUUUCGCCAAUUAUCAAAAGAUCUAGCACCUGCACGAGAGAUCGCUAUAUAUAUUGUAUCGUGCAUGUGUGUAUAGGAGCACUAGUACGCUCUGUGUCCGCGACUGCUUCGAUACUUAUACACACACACACAUGUGCACGAUACACAUAACACGCGAUUCGGAUUGCCGAGUCUCGAGCGCGCGCAAUACGAUUGCGACGACGACGACAGCGACGAUGCAUAUGAGUGGCGACGACUACACGACGACGACGACGACGAUCAUGCGCGUCUGUUUAUGUGCAACAUGUGUUUAAUAUGUGUCAUCCUGAUACAGGUGCGUGUCAUUGUGCACACGCUUACACAUGUAGCGCUGUCGAAAAUAGCUCACCUGUAUCGCCGCGAUCAUUCGCGCAACGGCACCUCUGGAAAAUUGACGCAUUUUUUCCUGGCUUCGUAAAUAUUAGCGCGAGCACGUCAAGCUCGUCGUAAGACGUUUUUACACGGCUAUGAGAACCUCUCGCCCGGGCAACGAAAUUUUCCAAUGUAAUAAAUUCCAAUUUUACGCAUGGUAUAUUGUAAUUUCUACGAUACUUCGUGAGCUUUUUUUUCCGUGAGAAAAUUGAAAGCUCUCCGAUGAGUAAUCAUUACGAUGUUGCUAUGUAUUAACGAGAGAGUAUAUAAGUGCAAUUUUUCGAUUAAUCUCUCAGUAAUGUAGUGGAGAGUAACCGAACAUUCGUUAAUGAUGAUUCGAGAAAGAUAUAAAUAAAAAAAGCCACAUCGCUAUAAUAUCGCAAUCGAGUAUCGCGCGCUCUUCGUAUAUAUUUAUAUACAUGUAUACAGACAGACAUUCCUUUGCUCUGCAACACUUUCGAUACAUUCGCAAAUUUUUUUACUCCUGAGAUUACACAUGAUAAAUGUACGUUAUCGUCGUACGUUUCAUCGGUCAAAACUCAAAACAAAUUUUUAUAUUCGUUAAUUAAUUUCUGUCCGGAUAUUGAAGAUCCUCGACCAAAUUUCAAUCGUAAUAAUUAUUUUAAUUAUUUACAAAUCAUCAUUAUAAUUUAAUGAUUAUUAACUUUCAGUACCACUAUUAUUAUUACUAUUAAUAUUAUUAUUGCAAUUCAAUAAAUGUAGUUUUUAUUUUUUAAGAUGUAAGUUGUCAUAUUGUACUUGUUAAUCGUAUUGUUACUGUAUUAUUGUUGAUCGAUUAUGAUAUGUAUUGUGUAAAUAAUGUGUAAGAUGAAUAUUGUAAUAAACGAAAUUACACGCGUGCAUAAAAUAAUAAUGCAUAAUAUGUACAUUAUGUGGCCACUUUUUAGCAUCACAUCGCAAAUGCUUAACUUUGACAAAAACAAUUAUACUUAUGUAAAAAUACCGAUACAA